AUGGAGGGCCAAAAUCAGACAAGGGUGUUCACACCCUGCGACGAGAGCCACCCCAAUGGUGAGCGCCCGCUCGCCUCCCCUCCCACACGCUUCCCAAAUGACAAGACCGGCAGCCUGCUGACGGCAGUGAUCCACAUCUUUUGCGCGGUGGUUGGUGCCGGCGUGCUGGCACUGCCGCGCGUGGUGGCUUGGCUGGGCUGGGUGGCGGGCCCCAUUUGCACCAUCCUGUCUUCGGUGGUGCAGCUGACGUCCUCGCGGAUGCUGGCCAUGGUGUAUUGCGUGAAUGGCGUGGAGCACGCCAGGUACCACCACGCCGUGAAGCACAUCAUGGGGUGUGGCGGGGCGAUCGGUGUCACCAUCUUCCAGCUGACCAACAUCGUGCUCAUCACCAUCGCAUACACCAUCACGGGGGCGCUGUCCCUGAAGACCAUAGCCACCAUGUCAUGUGAGGUGGGGGGCGUCGCCCCCGGCGACUGCUUCAACGAGAGCUGGAAGCUGACCCUCAUCUUCAGCGCCGGCGAGGCCAUCCUCAGCCAGGUGCCCAGCCUGGAGGCGGCCUGGUGGGUGUCCUUCAUAGGAGUGGCCACCUCCCUCUUCUACUGCGUGGUGGCACUGGUGCUGGGCCUCAUCUACUCGGGCAACCACCUGGGCAGUGUUGGCGGCAUCCAGGCCAACAGCGUGAACAAGGCAUUUGGGAUUCUCAACGCGCUGGGUGGCGUCGCGUUUGCCUACUCCUUCUCCCUCAUCCUGCUGGAGAUUCAGGCAGGUGGUGGCGACCCAGCCCAGCCACUCGACACGCUGCGCCAGCCGCCGUCAACGGUCAAAACCAUGAAGAGGGCGGUGGACAUCGGCGUUGGGGGUGCCUUUGUGUUCUACUUCACUGUGGCAGUUGCCGGAUACGUGUCUUUGGGCAACGAUGUGCCCAGCAUGGUGCUGGCUGGCUUCCCCAAAGCGCCCACGGGGCUUCUGAUUGCCGCCAACGCCGCCAUCAUGCUGCACAUGCUCACUGCCUUCCAGCCUCUGUUUGAGACGGCGGAGUCCCACCUGAAAGCCUGGCGCCUGCGGCGGGCUGGCGUGCGCCCCACCGGCGCCAUCACCGACGCCGAGAAGCCGCGUGGCGCCGCUGCCCCCGGCACGGUAGCUGAUGCCACCGACGAGCAGGCGGUGCGCGACAGGCUGGUGAGGAACACGGCUCCCCACCCCACCCUGCGCCCAGAGGGCUACCAGGCGCCCAUCCGCAUCAGUGCCCGCGCCAGCGCCGGCGGCAGCAGCCUGGGCCGCCAGAGCGCCUUCGGCGAGACCCUGCACCGCCUGAGCCAGACGGUGGGCAUGUACCAUGUCGACACAGGCCUCACCAACGGCAAGCUGCUGGCGCCGCCGAGUCAGCUCAGCGACACGUGGCACCACCUGGGCCACCUUUUCCAGCAAGACCUGAACUGCCUGCCACGCCUCGUCCUGCGCACCACCUACGUGGGCAUCACAUGCAUCAUCUCCAUCGUGCUGCCCUUCUUCAGUGACAUCGUGGGCCUGGUGGGCGCGCUGACCUUCUUCCCGCUGUCGGUGUACUUCCCGUUCAGAAUGUACAACAUUGUCUACCGCCCCGGCGGCCUGGUCAAGUGGGUGCUCCUGGUGACGUGCAUCUUCAUGUUCUUGGUUUGCGCCGCCGCCACCGUGGCAGCGAUGAGGGGCAUCAUCAACAACUGGACGCACUACCAGAUCUUUGGCGACUGA